CACUCGCUGCCUGGGCGAUCACACUCGAAUACGAUACGUCAAUUGGGGAUUUCGUUCGUGUGCGGUGGAGCAUUGUCUCGCAUUGUCAAGUGUCUGUCUAUUUGUGGUAGAGAAGGAGAGAGGGGAGGCAAUGUUGAGCUGUGGUGCAUUUGUAGAUCACCAAAUAAAAUUAUGGUCGUCCCAUCAAGCCGUGAUCAUUACUUAGAAGAGCGUGCUCAAGUAAAGACGUUCGUUGUUGUAUCGUGUGAAUACAGACGGUUCUUUGAUUCUCCCAUAGACGGAACAUAAACAAAACCAAAGGAAAAAAAAACAAAAAAAAAAACUAAAUACUGCUAAAAUAUAAAGAAAACAAAUUACCAAAGUGUUAGACUUUACUUCUAACAAUAAAUACGACUAAUAUUCGCAACAAAUAAAGAGAAGUGAUUGUUUUUGGUGGACUUACCAAAAUUAUUCCAUAAUUUAGUUAAAAAAGUAAAUAAAACUCAAUUGUUUUAAGAGACGUUGUGCCAAAAAAUUGUGUUGUCUUGUGAUUUAUUUUUGUGUAUUUAAAACAAAGUGAAUGAAUUUCACCGCCAGAAUGCCACCCAAUCAUCAAUUCAUGUUAAAUUCACUGCCCAUGGAGCCGGUAUCGCGCACCUAUCAAUAUCGCAAGAUAAUGAAGCCAAUGCUGGAGCGUAAACGACGCGCACGGAUUAACAAGUGUCUGGAUGAGUUAAAGGAUUUAAUGACCGGAACCUUACAAGCGGAUGGCGAAAACGUAUCGAAACUGGAAAAAGCCGAUAUUCUCGAGCUAACCGUACGACAUCUGCAGCGUUUGCGUGAAAAGAAUGCGCUCUAUGUGCGACACAACGAUACCCUAAAUAUGGAGAAAUUUUGGGCUGGAUUUCAACACUGUGCCGCCGAAGUGGCUCAGUAUUUGAAUAAAUUCGAUCAUCAACUUGGCGGUGAUUUGAUACAACACAUAACAAGUUAUGCGCCCAGCCUAAAUGCAAUGGCUCCGCAUAACCACCAACCAAAUGUAGCAACACGUCUACCCUCAUCAGCCUAUUUGGCUAAUCGUGUAACAACAGCAUCAUCAGCAACAGCAGCAGCAGCAAAUUACCAAAGAUUACCGCUUAGCAAGAAACCCAUUAUUGCCAAUGUUUCACCUGCAAUCGCCGGCAGUGAAGUGGCUGUGUGUGAUCUUCAAGAUAGACGGCAACGGCAAUUGACAACAGAACAUAUGGUGAAAAGGGAAUUAAUGGAAGAUCACGAUCGAUCUGUGUGGAGACCAUGGUGAUGAGUAGUGGUAGUUUUAGGGGGGGGGUGUCUGUUUGGGAAUAAGUUUAAGUUAAAGAAUAGUUUUAAUCGCAUUUCUUUUAAUAUCAUGUCGAAGAUAUAAAGUUUGUGGUUACUUGGAAAAAAAUAAUGAAAUAAUAAUCCUCAGCUACAAGGGAGAGUUUGAGGGUAGAUAGGGCUAAAACGUAUCUCAACAAAAUAACAUUUUUUUGUCUAAUUGGAUGGCAUCUAUUUCGAAACAUUUAGAGUUAAUUUAUUUAGGGCGUUUGCCUGGCUGGUGACCUCUCAAAAUACAGGGUGAGAUAAAAAAACUGCAACGAAGUUAAAUGCAAUAAUUUUUAUUUUUUUUUUUUUAAUUUUAUUGAAUAAACGCAAAAAAUUUCGGAAAAAGCAUCAACUUUUAGAAUAAGUUUAGAUUUGUUCGAAUUGGUUACCUUUGGCACGAAUUAUGGCCUCCAAACGGCCAAUGAAACCGUCACACACUGCCCGAAUGUUGCUCUGCGGUAUUUUGGCCCAUUCCCGGCGAAGCGUUUGCUUAAGGUGAUCGACACUUUGGUAUUUUUUUAGUGCCUAUCUUCCUUUCCAAAAUACUCCAGACACAAUAGUCCAACGGAUUGUUAUCCGGAGAUUUUGGUGGCCACUGCGAGCUGUAAAUUAAGCGAGGAACCUCAUUUUCUAACCAUUCUUGGGUGGCGCGUGCUGAGUGCGAUGGUGCAGAGUCCUGUUGGAAUGUCCAAUGUCUGCGGCCAAUAUGUUAGCGUGCCCAAGGCUCUAACACACCCUCCAGAAUAUUUUCGCGAUAAUAUUCGGCAUUUAUUCUGAUACCCUCAGCCAUAUGGCUACAGAGGUUAUAUAUCAUUUGAC